GCCAUCCUCUUCCAUCUUCUGGGCUUUCGUCAGUCACUGUAUCAUUACUCUGAUUACUUUGAUCGAUCGAUAAUACAUCCCGUUUCUAUGCCCGACCAUACCAGAAUUCCGGCGCCAAUACACAACAUAUUCACCACACAAUGGGCUUGAUCGCCUCCCACAACAUUUGGAGUUUGUUUGCUGGUGAAUGAUUAAAUAUUCUUUUCUCGUUCAGCGAGGACUUGUAUUUAUAUUCUAGUUACUCCAGAGUCAGCCGCUGACGAGUCGCGACAUGGCCAACAAUGACUUAGAAAAUGGAAGCGCCGCUCUAAACCUACCUCAAGCGUUAGGUACGGAAGAGUCCGGAGGCGAGUCUGUCUCUUCUGCGAUCGCAGUUAAGGAUGAAAGCGAGGAAUUACCUGGCCUACCGCGAUUAAAUUACAAGCUCUUAGAUCAUAAAAAGAAGCUAUUCCUAGUUGGAGGAUUGUUGGUUCUCGAAGGAAGCAUACUACCUAUUAUUCUAUUCUAUCCACUCUGGUUCGAUACCAAUUUGAGACAUGGCAUUCUUUUCGCUAUCAUUACAUCUUUCUUCGGUCUCGUCUCGGGCCUCGAAUUCGCUCACCGAUCAUGGCGCCUAAUCAUGAAAGAUGAUUUCUACCGACCUUUAAACGGCACGCGCUGGCGCUUCGACUUCACACAUAUGACGUUGUCUGUAGGCUACACGGUUAUGACCGGAAUCCUAAUCGGAGCGUCUAUCCCGCACGAACCGCUUGUCCGCCCCCUCGCAAUGCCCCUACCCUUGUUCUUCAUCGAGGUGGGCUCCCUUGCUAUCGCAACUGGUUUGAUGGACGCGGGAAAUAUGCCGGCGACAUGUAAAGUCAGCUCUACGCCGAAGGGUGCGCCGAUACCACCCGUACUGUUGACUUUCAUCGAAGACGUCGUCGCGGUCGAUGGUGGUGCGGGGAAGACGUAUAGGCAAAGAUUGCUAAGCAGAUACAAGAUAAGUAAGCACUUUAGAGCGCUUAUCAAAGGCCUAAACUGGUUCUGGGGCAUCGGGUCUAUACUUGUUGGGGCCGGCUCGAUGGCCGUCGUGUGGACUGUGCCCCAGGAGAUUGCCUACGGCAUAGGUUGGGGAGCACCGCUGGGUUUUGUUAUAAUUUGGCUGGCUAUUACGAUACCGUGGACGCAUCGAAGUCUUCAAGUUGAAAAGAAACAGUGGAUAGCUGAUUUGCGGCGUCGGAGUAAACAGGGAAAUGAGAAAUAAGAAGAGUUAAAAUAGAGAAUACAUAGAAAAUGGUAU